UUUCCCCUAUAUAUGAUCCUUCUUAAUCCUCAAAUUUCUCUCAAAAUAGUCUUGUCAUUCUGAUUACUUACUUAAAAUGUACAAGAUUUUGACUUUUUGCUUUUGGCAUACUUUUCUCUAAAACAAUUAACAACUAACGUAUAGUUUUUUUUUACCAAACAUCUCUAUAACAGUUGAAUUAAAUAGUUGAUUUUAUAAGCUAAUACUUUCAUGUGGUCAAACUAGUCAAUAUCUCGACCUAACAGUUAUUUGCCAAACAAACCACUAAACAAAAAAUUAAAUUAAAUUUAGUAAAAAUUAAGUAUCAUGUAGCAAAUUAAGUUUGAAGAAUGUUAUAUAUUAUCCAAAACAUGUUGACGAAACAGAUGAUGUAAAGCAAAAAGAUUUGUGGUAAAGAAGCAAUAAGAUUAUAGUAACAAUAUUUAAUUGGAGAAGAAAUAACAUGAAAUUGUAGCCUCAAGGGGACCAAAGUUUAGGAUUGUAGUAAUGAUUAAUCAUUAAUGAACAAAUCUAGUGUUGCCACGUGGCAGUAGAGUAAUCUUGAUUUUGUGGCAAUUGGAGAUUUGUAAAUCAAAAAAAAAAGUAAUGGUGUACAAAACAUUUCAACUUACUAUAAGUCUUGCCCUUCCAUGCUCUUUAUCUUCCCUAAGGAAUCCUCAACACUUCGAAAUAACUUCUUUUGCAUUCCCCAUUUCCUUCUCUUAAGCCUUCAUUAGCCAUCUCAACCGUCCGAUCCAAAUGGCUACUGCUGUCUCAACCGUUGGAGUUGCCAACAAGGCACCCUUGAGCCUGAAUGGGUCAAAUGUGGGGGCAACCGUCCCAACCUCAGCGUUUAUGGGGAGCAGCCUAAAGAAGCCCAACAGUCUGAGAUUCCCUUGCAGCUCCAGGACUUCUUCCAUGACCAUCAAGGCUGCUGACUACAACGAGGAAAAGCAAACCAGCAAAGACCGAUGGGCUCAUUUGGCCACCGAUCAGUCCGAUGAUCAGCUCGACAUUCGUCGUGGUAAGGGUGCUGUCGACUCGCUCUUCCAAGCCCCCGAAAAUAUGGGUACCCACGUUGUUGUCCAAUCUAGCUGGGAAUACGAGAGUGCUGGCAUCAAGAGGUACAACUUGGACAACAUGUCCGGUGAUUUCUACAUUGCUCCCGCUUUCAUGGACAAGCUUGUUGUUCACAUUACCAAGAACUACUUGAACUUGCCCAACAUCAAGGUUCCCCUUAUCUUGGGUAUCUGGGGAGGAAAAGGUCAAGGGAAAUCCUUCCAAUGUGAGCUUGUGUUCGCCAAGAUGGGAAUUACCCCCAUCAUGAUGAGUGCCGGAGAAUUGGAAAGUGGAAAUGCAGGAGAGCCAGCCAAGUUGAUUAGGCAAAGGUACAGAGAGGCUGCAGACAUCAUUGCCAAGGGUAAGAUGUGUGCUCUCUUCAUCAACGAUCUUGACGCUGGUGCUGGUCGUCUUGGUGGCACCACCCAAUACACCGUCAACAACCAAAUGGUUAACGCCACCCUUAUGAACAUCGCCGACAACCCAACCAAUGUCCAACUCCCUGGUAUGUACAAUAAACAAGAGAAUGCACGUGUCCCAAUCAUUGUCACUGGUAACGAUUUCUCCACCUUGUACGCUCCCCUUAUCCGUGAUGGUCGUAUGGAGAAGUUCUACUGGGCUCCAACUCGUGAGGACCGUAUUGGUGUCUGCACUGGUAUCUUUAGGACCGACAACGUCCCUAAAGAACACAUUGUCAAGCUUGUUGACUCCUUCCCUGGUCAAUCCAUCGAUUUCUUUGGUGCCUUGAGGGCUCGUGUAUAUGACGAUGAAGUAAGAAAGUGGGUGUCCGGAGUAGGAAUCGAAACAAUCGGAAAAAAGCUUGUCAACUCAAGGGAAGGACCGCCAACCUUCGAACAACCAAAGAUGACCUUGGAUAAGUUGCUCGAGUAUGGAAACAUGUUGGUGCAAGAGCAAGAGAACGUUAAGAGAGUCCAACUUGCCGACAAGUACUUGAGCGAGGCUGCUCUUGGUGAUGCUAACAAAGAUGCCAUCGAGAGUGGAAAUUUCUUCGGAGCCCAAGCAGCUUAGUAACGUAAAGUUACCAACUUUUAAAGGUUGUAUUGACCCUAAAGCAGCAAACUUAGACCCAACUGCAAGGAGUAACGGGAGCUGCACGUACAGUUUCUAGGCCAUGUAUUUUUUUGCUUUAUAUUUUUUAAGUCUAAUGAGAUAAGGGAACAAAUUCCACUAUACUUUCUUUUUUGUUCUUUUGUCUCUUGGUGAGUUGUUUUCUUAAUUUUGUGUAAGAAUUCACCAUCAUUUUGUUUAUUUUGUGGAAUGGAUCAUUUGGGUUUUUGUAUAA